AUGGAGUGCUCGUGGAAGACAGUAUUACUGCUGGUGUGUGCAUCUCUGGGGGUCCAGUACACUGCCAUUCGCUCCCUCAGAGACUCCCUCCCUGAGCACUGCCAGGGUUCCCACCGCUGCCAAGGCUCGCAGGGCAAAGAGUACAGAUGGAAAUCUCCUUGUUAUGACAACCCGUUGCCGGCCGAAACUUCCACCACAACCGCUCGGAAACACAUCCUCCUGCUGGCUCAAACCCGCAGUGGCUCGUCCUUCACGGGUCAGCUGUUUAACCAGCACCCAGGAAUUUUCUACGUGUUUGAGCCUCUCUACCAUGUCCAGCAAGCUUUCACCAACUCUUCCAGCCGCUUACGUCGUGCCCUGGACAGCAGAGCUCUCCUUGGGGCGUACAGAGACCUCCUCCUCAAUUUAUUUACAUGCGACCUCAGCUUUUUGGAGAACUACAUCCGCCCAGAACCCCAGGACCACCUGACUGGUUCUUUCUUCCGCCGUGGCUCCAGCCAUGCCCUGUGCACUCCACCUGUGUGCCAGGAGGGCAGUGAGGAAAUACAGGGAGGGCAACCUGACGAAACUUGGUGCCCAAAAAAAUGCAGAGCCCUGAACCUCACUCUGGCAUCUUUAGCUUGCCAGGCACGUAGCCACGUGGCCAUUAAGACGGUCCGUAUACCAGAAGUUGGAGAUCUACGCACCCUGUCGGAAGAUCCUCGACUGGAUCUGAGGAUCAUCCAUUUGGUGCGAGAUCCCAGAGCCAUCCUGGCCUCACGGAUGAUGGCCUUUUCCGAUCAAUUCCGGGCGUGGAGGAUCUGGAACGCCACAGGCCGGCAACCACGUUAUGUGGAUCUGGGUCAAAUCACCCGGACCUGUAGGGACAUUGACAACUCAGUGGAGACUGCUCUGCAGCGACCCACCUGGCUGCGGGGCCGUUACCUCAUGGUGCGCUAUGAGGACCUGGCCCAGAAUCCUGAGGGUAAGGCCAGAGAAAUCUACAGGUUUUUGGGCUUGGACAUGGACAGUAGAGUGCUCACAUGGAUAACUCAGAACACCAACACCAGCGCCCCCCCAGCCUCCGAAUGGAACUACAAGUAUUCCACCACCAGGGACUCCCGAAACACAGCCCACAGUUGGAGGUUGCGUUUGGGCUUUAACAUUGUGAGGACGGUACAAGCUCUGUGUAACAGCACCUUUUCCUUACUAGGCUAUAAAUUAGUUAACUCUGUGGCUGAACUGAGGAACAUGACAAAUAGUUUAGUGGAAAUAGUUUGA